AUGGGAUUCUUCAAAAAGAAACAAGGCGACUCGGCAUCCCAGUCGACGGGCCAAUACAAUGCCCCCAACGCGUCAUCAUCUCCUUCCAGAUCACAAGGCGGCAAUUAUGAAAUGUCAUCUUCUCCAGCCCGGCAUUCCUCUCCUCGACGAACGGUUCAACAAACGCAACCACCAUCAUCUACCCAUGAAUCCAUGGCUGUUAAUCAACCAGACGAAUACAGUUUGAUGAACGAACAAGGCGGCGGCAAUGACGGGGCUACCGUCCAAUCGGGAGAAUCUGAAUCCAACUUUUCCAUUACCCGCAAUGGCCAAUAUUUGACCUUGAAUGGCUUUGCCAAUGGCCACUUGAUGCGAUGGAAAUUCGCCGCGGAAGAAGGUCCCACCAUCAUUCGGAUCCCCGCCAUCUUGCUGAGCAUUGCCUGCAUUGUCACGACUCUUUGGCCCAUCGUGUCCAUGCCGGCCUAUUGGAAUGUUCCCAAUUUGAUUGGAGCCUUUCACACGGUCGUCCUCUGCACCCUGAUUUUGUUUUUGGAAGGCCGCGUGCUCAUGUUCAAUCGAUCGCCGCUCAAUGCUAGAGCCCGGGUGCGGGGGGUGGUGACGCGGUACUUGAAUAUUUUGCGAUUGGUCUGGGGCCGUGGCUUGCUGUAUAUUUUUGCGGGCACCAUGAACUUGACCAUUGAUUUUGAGUAUGUGAUUUACACGGGACCGGCGCUGUGCGGCUUGGGUUUGAUUGCGAUUGCGGCGGGUGCGAGGGCUUCUUACAAUUUGGAUCGCAUGAAGUCGUCGCUCACGGACGAAGCGUACUUGUGGGGAAGAUUUGAUGCCAAUGAUGGCGAUAAGGAUGGCCAAAUUGAUGUCAAUGGAUUUGCCGAGUUGCUAUGGGAUUUGGGAUUGGAAUUUGAUGAUGUGUACACCUUCAAGGCAUUUAAGCAAAUUGAUAAGGAUGGAAGUGGACUCAUAUCCUUUGAAGAUUUCAAGAGGUGGUGGAUCGUGACACAGACGGAUGCACGGGCCCGGGAAACUGUUUAG